UCACCAUUUUCACGGCGCCAUAUUGGCAGAAAGAGCUGCUCGACAUUGUGGGAGACGUUGAACCGGAGGAGAAUAUUUACAAUACCCGGGACCUGUUGAGCUGUUGGUUGUCAAAGCGGUCAUUCUAUGGAAUACCAGCUGAAAAGACCAGAAAAUAUCGAUGGAUUUUGGCAAUUAAACAAGAUGGACGGUGCCUGACCAAAAUACGCACACACCUGUGGAGCGAUCGCUUCAUUUCAGAUGUCUGACGGUAUCGGACAAGACUCUGGGCGUCGUGCUACGAGUCAUAUUUCCGUGUCGUCUCACACCGACUCACCAAUGAACAAGACCGGCAAUAUGGCGAGGUAAACAAAAAUCACGUGAUUUUAUGUCAUACGUGCACGAGCACUAGAAAGGCAAACUGAGGACGGGUCAGCCGCAGUGACGUCAGCAAGUCUUACAUUCACCUGAAGAAAGGCGUCUUUGUCCCCCCCGGACCUUAUAAAGCAGCUCUCGGACUUGUCUCGCAAAAGGUAACGUGAACAUGCGGGCCCGAGUUCUUGUUCUCGUGGUGGCGACGUGGGUGUGCGCGUGCCACGCUCAAAGCGACACCGGCGUCAACGACGCCAACAGGCAGCAGCAGCAACGCAGCAUCUGGGACGAGCCCAUCCGCUUCAGCACCAAGAGCAAGGACGCGUGCACCAUGGCGGUGUCGGGGGCCUCCGACUCCACCCGGCUGCGAGUUUCCUGCAAGGGGCCCGCGCCGGCGGGUCGCACGUACCACUGCGACUUCCAGGGCAAGCCGGCCCUGUGCCGCGCCUACAGCCUCAACCCGCGACACUACUUCACGCAGAUCAUGUGGGAGCUCCGAAAACUGGCCCACGCCUGCCAGGGCGCCAAGCUGUACCGGCCGCCCAUGUGCAAGAGGCACCCCGACGAGGUCCAGAUGAGCCUCCUGCCGGCCCGGCCCCGGGCCGCCAAGCCCCAGGCGGGGAAAGCCGUCACGGCCCCGACCAGGAAGACCGCCCCCAAGUCCCCCAAGACCACCGUGCGGUCCCCGACGGAGCUGCCCCAGUCCAAAGCGGCCCGCAUGGCCACCGAGUACUGUUGGAAGAGCUUCCAGGGCAUCUGCACGUACAUCAUCGGGUUGUUCAAGAACUGACUCGGACCGGUGGGAGACGCCACUGAUGGACUUGUCACAUGACAUCACGAUUCACCAACUGAGCUUCGCUGUUGUGAGCGACCACAAAAAAAAAAAAAAAAAUGGAAGGAGAAUAA